GCUGGCAUGGAGAAAGAGAAGUUCCAGCAGAAGGCUCUGAAGCAAACUAAGCAGAAGAAAUCCAAGUCGGCUGAAUUUCUGAUGGUAAAAGAAGAGACAGCAGCAAUAGAAGGCAUUGAAAAUCCAGCUUUUAACAUCAGCAGCACAGAUCUUUCAGCAUAUCAGCCUUUAGAGGAGAAAGUUACUACACAUGACAAGCCAGAUAGCACCCUUACAGCUCACCAACAAAAACUCGGGCUGCAAGCCCAUGCUGAACCAAGAGGAAAUGAAUACAGCAGAAAUUACUUUGACCUGUUGAUGGAUGAGGAAAUAAACCCAAGGCAGUGUGGGAUGGAGGUCAGUGAAGAAGAUCCUGUGAAAUUUGAUGAGCAAAUCCUGUAUGGUAAACUGAUGAAGCUUCUAGAUGAUGAAAACAUAAUGCUGGACUUACAAGCCAGUGUUGCCAAUGAAGGUUUUCCAGACUCCGUGAUGCCUGUCAGCUCCAGUAAAGCACACGACCUUCACAGGGAGCUUGAAGAUGAAGAGAUUCCUUCAUAUAUCGAACAGUUUGAGAGAGAUGUUCAGGAUGACAUAAUUCUGCUUGGCAGCUUUUCACUGGAACAGCACCACAAGGAGGUCCCUUACCAUGAGAAACAAAAGUUGAGAAGCAGGAUUCAUGAACUCUUUCAAAGAGUGGGAAGUCAGCCAUUGAAAACAGAGGGGAGUGAAAGUGAAGAAGAAAUGGUAGCCAGCUUUGGUAACCUUGCAGUUCUGAAUACUGGAUUAAAUGUAGCAACAGGACCUUGUGAGAAGGUUGGCUGCUCCAAGACACCACAACCGAUAGAAAUUCACAUCAAAUGCCUGAGGGGAGUCAAAGAUAAGGUCCCUAAAGGCCACUACACCCUCAAAGUUUCUGUUCUCAGCCACUUAGGUGGUGGCUUGCUGGAGUGGUCCAAAAUGAGGCAGCAGCCUCAGGCCGGGACAACGCUGCCUGUUAGUCAUGAUGGAAACUUCUACAACGCUGAAAUCUACUUUGGACAAAGUAUCCAGACAGUUCUACCACCUACAAAAUCUGUGAAGCCAGGCAUGGUCCUCCUCUUUGAACUCUUCCUUCUUCGUGGGACACAUACUUGGAUUGAUCGAGAAGUGGGAUGGGGAGCUUUUCCUGUGUGUGACAACAAUUUUAAUACUUUGGAGGGAAAAUUUAAAUGUCCCUUCCUCAGAGGCCAUUACGACUCCAAAGUUGACCGAUUCAAGAAAAUUGAAAAUUUUAUUUCUCAAGACUUGGAUCAUUGGUUAUGCAAUCUCUACUUUCAGAUAAUUAAACUACCACAGGAUUCAGAUAAGCAAAGUAAGUGUGAUAUGCAUCUUCAUCUCUCACCUGAACAUCUUAUGUAUUCAAGCACUGCUGAAAAGAAUGGUGUCUCAGAGAAUGUUGAACAGCCUGGACUGCAAGGGCAACCUCUGACCUCCCCGAAAGAUCCUGACACCCAUAAGGGAAGUAUUCCCACUGUUGUAAAGGAAGUGGAAAAGCAGUUUAAUGCUGUGAAAGGAGGAGAAACGUGUGUGUUAGAAGAAGCAGGGAGGAAAAGAGAAGAGCUUAAAAAGCUUCCAGCAGUGUUGGGGCAUGUAGCCGAGGCAGUAGGGACGGCACUGGGAGCUGACCUGAGAUCUACAGUUGUAGCCAUUGCUUGUGACUCUGCCACCCACCACAAACAAGAGAAUGGUUUUUACCAGGAUUGCCAUGGCUGUGCAGACGAGUUUUGGCUGAGGGAAGGCCAAGGAGGGCAUCACAAGAGUGUGGUGUGCAACAUGAGAAAGAGCGAGCAGGUAGAAGAAGACUGGAUGAUUUCUGGUGUCAGCACAAGUUUACACCUCCUUGAGAGGAUUAACUGGAAUAACUCACCUGACCAAUAUUAUCAAGAAAAGUCAGAUCCUGGGAACAGUGGAAGCACAGAAGAAGGGAAAGCAUCUGCAGAGACCAAUUUUUACUUGGAGGAGUUAGGGAAAUACACUUAUUCUGUGUGCUGCCGUUCUGCUGCUGGAGUGAAACUGUCCAGACAAGUGGCUGAGCGUUUCCAUUUCAUGGCGUACGCAGCUUUCUCAGAGCUGGGAGGUGGAAACUGGCGCUCUGCAAGCUUCUGGCUGCUCGUGCUGCUGGUGGUUUUGCUUUGGUUUGUGAGACUUUACCUGCAUUAUUUGAGCCAAUGGCUCUUCCUUCAGUCCAUCUCAGUUCCUGUCACAAAAUUCCAGAUUUUCCCUCAUACUGUUGAACUAUGCUACCAGAACUCCUUGCUGCGGACCAGUGAAGAGUUGAUCAUGGUUGUGGUGGGACCCCUAACCUUGAACACAGGGCUGCUUCUUAUGGUCCUGAUCAGAUGGGGCUGUCAGCAGCUGUUUGACUCAUUCCCUUCCUUCUUGUCAAAGUUUAUCAUAGCUAUGGGACUCUGGACAGUGCUAGACCCCUUGGCAGUGUUCAUAGUGGAUUCAUUCCUGGGGCGACUUGGGAACAGUGUAGAGAAACCCAUUGCUGAUGCUGCCAAGCUCUCCUGGGUCUUUCUAAGAGCAGAGGAGUCAUGGAUUCCUGGAGCCUUAAUCACUCUGAUGCUUUAUACAAUCUUAUUCAUCAUCUCAUCAACAGUGUUGUAUCUGUACUUUUUAAGGCUACACAGUGAAGGUUGGCUUUUGGAUGUAUUUCGGCGUCUUCAUGGUGAAGAAGGCACAUUCUUUGUUCCUCUGGACUUAGAGAUUUCCAGUCAGGAGCUGAGCUACAUUAUGAAGAGGGCUGAGCAGUGGAGAGGAAGCAAUGGUGAAAGACGGAUGGUGGCAGUGUCUGAUUACAUCUGGAAGGACCAUGCCAGCAAGCCGGGUGUCUCCAGCUGUGACCCCCAGCACAAGGAUGAAAUUCCUGACUCUGCAGCUACCUCAAAGGGUAGCACCACUGUUCACAUCUCUGUCUACACUGUUCACCUCAGCGGCUUCCAAGUGCUCUACAGACACUUCCUCAGGCUACCUGAUGGGGCUAUCGUUGAGGCAUUUGGUGAUAUUACUGGAGAAAGUCUUCUGUGUAAUGAAAUGAGCACGGCCCAGGAGGGUGUAAGCAAAAUGGGCAGCAUGCUGCAUACAUCUUCAUAUAUCAAGCUGAGGGAGAGGAAAAAAAGUACCACAAGGUGGAAAGACUUGCUUGUACCCACUAAUGGUGGUGGUGGCGGUGAAAAUGUUGCAGAUUUGUCUUUCAAAUUUCAUGACUAA